GCUGCCCUGCUCACAAACGGCCGCCGAGCAGUGCUGUCCUCUGCCAGCCCUCUGUCAGCCAGCACAGGUGCCCGCAGCCCCUAGCCUGCCACCCCCGCUCCUGCCCGAAGCUAUCCUGAGAACAUGGAAAAUUUGAUGCGUGUCUGCCGCUCCUGUAGAGCUGUGGGGACCCUCCUCCUGACAGCUCUGAGCUGGAGCAGCUGCUUGCCAGUGGGGGAAGAGGCUGUUUGCACAGCCCCAGGUCUGGGGAGGUACACUAUCUCCUUCACUGGGAAAUGGAGCCAGACAGCCUUCCCCAAGCAGUACCCUCUCUUCAGACCCCCGGCACAGUGGUCCUCCUUACUGGGUGCGACACACAGCUCUGACUAUAGCAUGUGGAAGAAGGAUGAGUAUGUCAGCAAUGGGGUUCGGGAUUUUGCUGAAAAGGGUGAAGCUUGGGAACUGAUGAAGGAAAUCGAGGCGGCCGGUGAGAAAAUUCAGAGUGUGCACAGUGUUUUCUCAGCAUCAGCAAUUCCCAGUGGCACAGGACAGACCUCCACUCAGUUAGAGGCUCAUUCAAGGCAUUCACUAGUGUCAUUCCUAGUGCGGAUUGUUCCCAGCCCUGACUGGUUUGUUGGAGUAGAUAGUAUCAAUCUGUGUGAAGGAAACCGAUGGAAAGAACAAGUCACCUUGGACCUUUUCCCCUACGAUGCUGGGACAGACAGUGGCUUCACAUUCUCCUCCCCCAACUUUGCCACCAUCCCCCAGGACACGGUGACAGAGAUAACAUCGUCAUCUCCCAGUCACCCUGCAAACUCCUUCUACUACCCCAAGCUGAAAUCUCUGCCACCUAUUGCCCGAGUGACCAUGAUGAGAAUAAAAAAGAGGCAAAGGGUCUUUGUCCCCACUCCCCCUGCCAUGGUCCGCAUGGGGAAUGAAAUUGAGGAUUCCCUUUCAGAAACACCUCUGGACUGUGAAGUCUCCCUGUGGUCUUCCUGGGGUCUAUGCACAGGCCCGUGCGGAAAGACAGGCGCCAAGAGCCGCACCCGCUACGUCCACCUGCAGCCAGCCAACAAUGGGACCCCCUGCCCAGAACUGGAAGAAGAGACUGCAUGUGAGCCUGACAACUGUAUCUAAGGAGCAUGACAGACCCAGCCAGUCAAGUGCCCAGAUCCCUCCUGGGUAAUCAAGCUGGGCUGUGGGCAGAAGCGGGCACAGGAGUCAGUCCUGGGGAAUUCAGGUGUGGCCUUGGCUUGGCAUGGGACAUUAUCUAUCGAGCGACCCUCUGUUCAGCCUGGGUGACCAAUUGUGGGAGAUGUUUCUGAUAAAUCCCUAAAUGUUCAUGCAGCUUUCUGACUUGGGAUGAGAGACCCAUAGCCCGAAUCAACCCUCCCAAAAUGGUAGAAGUGCUCACACUACCCUCUAGUGGCUAAAUGGGAGAUUUCUUUCUAAGCAAAUUGGAUUCACUUAUGAAAACCGAUUUUUCUCAUACACACGGGAACCAGUAAGUUCACAUCGUCCAACGCUGGCAUGCCUACCCCAUCAUCCUCCAUCUCCCACAAUCCCGCUUCAAUAACAGGAUUCUAGAAAAACACAACAUUUGGAGAAACAACAUGACAAGGGGCUGUGGCAUGUUCGGUACGACAACAUUGUACCUUAAGGAUUCGUGAUUUCCUGCACAAAGUCAAUCCCUCCACUGAGGCAGAUUACAACCCCUCCUCCUACAUAACUUACAGAUUUAAAGCUUGUAGAAAAACCUUAGAAAUCAUCUAGUUCAAUCCCCUCAUUUUACAGAUGAAGAAACUGAGGCUAGAAAAAUUAAGUGACUUACUCUGAAUUAUACAGGUACACAGGUACAGGGUCAGGAUUUGAAUCCAAGCCCUUUAACCCCAAAUCCUGUGCUCUUGCCAUUGACUGCAUCACAUUGUCUCCCUACACUUUUAUGUGAGUUAUUGUGGCAAAAAAAAGCCACCGCCCCCCCAGCUGGUCAGUCCUGUGGAGACACACUUCUCACUUGGCUACCCUGCUUUAUAAGUACCAAAUACACAGAUUUUCCCCCAGCCUAUACUUUCUCGCUUGACAGACCAUUUGAGAGUUUUUGCCUUGCUGAUAUGGCCUUCUGGGGCUCACGGCUACCUCUACCAGCCAUGGGACCUUGGAGAAAGUUUUCAGUGAAGGUUAAUGUUGUCUUAAUGGUCAUUCAAUGAUUGGUUAAUGAAUGUCACAGUGAUGUCUCUCCAAAGUUGCAAUGAGGUUUGAGUCAUGUAUUAAUAGUGUUGAUCAGGGCAAUGUUACAUGGGUCAUGCCCGAACUAGAAUUAAUUCCUCCAGAAAGUUUAUUUAUAUACAUUUGAGGUUAAUGACAAUGAUGUCCUGGAUUAUGAUUUUUUCUUUUUUACUAAUUUAUUAGCUUUAAGCAAACCUUUACAUGGCCUUUUAUUUUCUUUUAAAUUCAGAGAAAGGAUACUUCCCAAGAACCAUUAGGCCUCAGAGGAGUGGAAAUGAGGAAAUGUAGAGAACUCAGUGAGACCCUGGAUUGCCCCUCCAGGCAAAUACUUCCAUUUGUGCCCAGGUUGAAAUAAUCCAGCUGCCAGCCACUGAAAUGUGGUUGUGGCUGGGAUCCCUUCCCAUCUAGCUGGCUUUGAUCCUGUGGUUUUGUCAAAUAUUCAUCUGAACAGGGGUCAAAACAAGUGAUGAUAUGAAUGGACAAUCUGGAAAGAUUCACCUCCCUUUUUUAAAUGUUACUGAUCUCUUUGCACAUAAAUAAAAUUUCUAUGUUUCUUCACAAA